ACCUAACGGUCUGCACUGUUUCAGCACCUCACUGAAACCCUCACAGAGCUUUCUGUCACCCUGAUUCUGUGCAUCCUCCAAAAACUGGCCUCAUAGAAGCAAGGCCGCUGCUGCUGUGCCGACUGGGUUCCCUGAGGCUACUGCUGUGGCUUCUGGUCCCAAGCAGCAUCUGAAACGGGUAGCAGCUCCACAGCAUUUGAUGCUGGAUAAAUUGACUGGUGUGUUUGCUGCUCGUCCAUCCACCGGUCCCCACAAGCUGAGAGAGUGUCUCCCUCAUGUUUUCCUGAGGAACAGACUUAAGUAUGCCCUGACAGGAGACGAAGUAAAGAAGAUUUGCAUGCAGUGGUUCAUUAAGGUAGAUGGCAAGGUUCGAACUGAUACAACCUACCCUACUGGAUUUAUGGAUGUCAUCAGCAUUGACAAGAUGGGAGAGGAUUUCCGUUUGACCUAUGGCAUCAAUUGUCGCUUUGCUGUACAUCAUAUUACACCUGAGGAAGUCAAGUACAAGUUAUGCAAAAUGAGAAAAAUCUUUGUGUGCACAAAAGGAAUCCCUCACCUGGUGAUUCAUGAUGCUCACACCAUCCGCCACCCUGAUUCCCUCAUUAAGGUGAACGACACCAUUCUGAUUGAUUUGGAGACUGGCAAGAUCACUGCUUUGAAGUUCAACACUGGUAACCUAUGUUUGGUGACCGGAGGUGCUAACUGGGGAAGAAUUGGUGUGAUCACCAACAGAGAGAGGCACCCUGGAUCUUUUGACAUGAUUCACGUGAAAGAUGCCAACAGCAACAGCUUUUCCAUCAUUUUUGUUAUUGACAAGGGCAACAAACCAUGGAUUUCUCUUCCCCGAGGAAAGGGUAUCCGCUUCACCAUUGCUGAAGGGAGAGACAAGAGACUGCAGCCAAACAGAGCAGUGGGUGAAAUGGUCUGUGGGUGA